AUGACCGACGACCAACCCUAUGUCACGAUCCGUGCCCGCCAGCCCGUGGGGGGGCCAGGCGCACGGAAUGGCGACCCGUCUUCCGCGGCGCGUGCCUUUCCUAACCGGGGCCGCUCAACACAGCGCUACAAAAAGGUGGAAGCCCUCCUUCUUCACUGGGGUUCAGAUGACCUCUUUGUGCUGCCAGAGUUGGAGGACUUGCAAAAGUGUCUGAGCGAAGACUAUGCGUUUGACACGGACAUCUUUGCCAUUCCUUCGGAAAACUCGCAUCUUGAGUUGAUGAUGCGGGUUGGCCAGCUGAUCAAAGAGCACGAGUCGCCCGAUACGUUAUUCCUAGUAUACUAUGGCGGUCAUGCCAGAAUUGACGAGUCGCGUCAAAGCACCUGGUGCGCAACACGAGAGCCAAGCUCUCCUUGGUUACAAUGGUCUGCUAUCCAAACGCUCCUCGAGCGCUCGAAAUCAGAUGUGCUCAUCCUCCUCGACUGCUGCGCCGGCGCAGCGAGCGCGACCUUUUCAACCGGAAAUAGUAUUACCGAGACGAUAUCUGCGUCCAGUUGGGACGCUAUUGCUCCCGAUCCGGGUCGCUAUUCUUUCACCAAUGCUCUCAUAGAAGUCCUGCAAGAGUGGAGGUCGCGAACAUUUUCCGCCGCCAUGUUGCACGCCGAGGUGCUGGCUCGUCUCAAGCAUCCUCGCCCCAUCACCAUCAACGGCAAACUAUUUGAAGCGCGAUCGACUCCGGUUCACUUCAUGAUGACGGCAAACCACAAAGCUCCCAGCAUUGAGCUUUGCAACGCCAGACAGCAGAAGAUGCCCCCGUCGCCACCAUUGCCCCCGUCUCCGCCACGACCGAGCCACGGCUCCGGUGCUGAUCCGAUGGGCAUCACUCGGGGGCCAUGCCCAAACCCAAUUCCCAGAACGCCUGUAUCCAGCGACCCGAACGAGGAUACUCCGCACGUGAUGAUCUCGCUUGCGCUGGAAGACGACCAGAGGCUCGAUAUCAAUGCUUGGGAGCAGUGGUUGAGCGCCUUUCCCUCGCUUGCCAAGCAUGUCAAAGUGCAAGGAGUCUUCAAGAGUCACUCGACUCUCCUUCUUGUCUCUAUGCCCGUCAUGAUUUGGGACAUGCUACCCGAGGACCAUGCGACAUCAUUCGUCGCCUUCAUCCGAUCCAACAAUCUCGCCAUUCCAAGAAAUGCCCAGCAGCCACCAACAGUGAGAGCGGCGACACAAGUCCGCCAGUCCCACACUGGUAGACACGAUACGGAGUCCUUUGUCUCUGGCGUGUCUGGAACUACGUUUGCUGCCGCAGACCAUGUAUACGAUCGACGACCUCGAGAAGUGUCUGGUCUUGCUCACGGCUCAGCCGGGACAAUGACGAGGAGUGAACAACCUGUCAGCUAUCCGGCGAAUUUCAGUGCGCCAGGAUCACCCAUUCUGUCUUCCCCGGGCGGUUUGAAUAUCCAGCCACUUCGACAAGUGGAUUCCAGCCUCUCCCUCCAAACUCUACAGCGUCGGUCAUCGUCUGGUUCUCCACCCGAAAGCUCCGGGAUAUCAAGACAGAUUAUCCUCAACCAGCAACAAGCAAUGCGUCGUACUGUUUUCGGCGAAAAUGUCCCCGAACCAAAGCGCUUUGCAAGCCAUGUCGAGAAAAGGUUGGAGGAAUACUACCAGCACGAACCUUUACCCAAUGACGCGCAGAGCGCGAUGCUGGCGUCUAACUUGGGCAUCGAAUUAUGGCAUCUGGAAAUUUGGUUCCAUCACCGCCGCGAGAGGGAUAUAGUAUCAACCCGGUUCGCUAGCAUGAAGCUCAAGGACACAACGCGCGGAGGCAAUGAUGGGCCGCGCAUGAUCCUUCCUACGGCUCUCUCUGAGUUGCUGGAGCUCUCCUUGCCUGGGCAGAUUCUACCAUUUGAUCUUCGUUCGACAAACGAUUUCAACAGAUCACAUUUACAUGGAGCAUUGAACCUGCGUGCUCCGCAAUCAUUCCUACAGAUAGCACCCCUCGAUAUUAUAGAGCGAUGCUUCAACGACGAGGAGAGUCGAAAGGCGUUUGCCGCACGGAUGGACUGCAAAUGCAUCCUCUUCUACUCAAAAGGUGUCGAUUCUCCCUCGGGGUGUCCCACUGCAGGCAUUCUCCUGGAAAAGCUACGAUCGAGCGGAUGGGUCGGAGACUGUUUCAUACUCAGAGGCAACUUCCGUGAGUUCAGCGUCUCCUUUGACAAGUUCGUCGUUGGUUCCAAGGCGACGCCAGAAGCGAGAGCGUGGUCGAACCAGUGGCACGACAUGGUACCGUCUGGCUCUGCCGAGGUCGAGAGCAAACAGAAAUACGCGCAAUGGCUAGAGGCGCGCCGGGCAGAAGACGGGCAACAGCGCGCCCCGUCCACACCGGAGCAGCUGGCCGAACGAGCAGCGGGCCUCGAGAGCCAGGAGCGCGAGCUGGAAGCCGAGUUUCGAGAGCAACACAACGACUUGUACCGAAAAGCGCGAGACCUCCACGCCGACCAUGAGGCGCGCGCCUCCGGGGCCGCCGCCGAACUGGUGGAACAUCUAGACCGCGGCCUGGGCAAGCUGCGAGGCGCGCUGGCGCAAGAUUCGGCACCGCCACCGCGAACCUACCCGGAGGUCGCCGCCGGCUCGUCCAAGAGGCACGCUGAUGACUACGCCGGCAAGGUGUAUCGCGCCGCGCCGGAGGAGAUGGACGGGUAUGUGGAGGUACCCAGAGCGAGCGAGGUCCGGCCGCCGCCGGGACACACUGGGCGUCCGUCGUCUGAGACGGGAAGUCCGCAGGAGGAUAUGACGCGCCGAGGCCGGAGCGGAGGCAGCGGGCUGCUGACGAAGGUCUUCAGGCGUUCUUGA